AUUGGUUUGUGCACUGGAUGCUUGACUGUUGAAGAUGCAGCAAGUGAAGACCUGAAUUUGUUGGUUUCUGCAGUUUCUAUUAUUGCGUUUUGCCUAUGGCAACCCCCCAUGUCCAGUGAGAAUAUGAAGCGCCUGUUGUGUAUGUGUGUCUCCUUUUCUCCUUCAAUCCUGGACACUGGCAUCACCAGUAAUAGUCAUGACGGAGGAAACUGUGUGGUUUUGCCUCGAGCGGCUCGAGCGAACAGGAAAAAGACUGGCAGCAUGGAAGCUCCAUUCGAAUUCCAUCGUCGUCAGAGGAGAAUCACAAAAGAGCAAUGUCAAGUGGUGGCAGUGACCGGCGGCAACUAGAAUAUAAUAGGAGGCAGUAACACCACCAACAAACAUCACUGCAUUGACGACAGCCAAAGACCAAAGACCCACAAAAGGUGACUUCACCAAACCCUUCUCACGCUUCCAUUCUCGUAGCUUGUAGCCAUGGAUAGCCAAGAUGAUAUCAUAGCAGAGUCCCUGGCUCUCACGGGCGAGGAUGCUUCCUACUCUGCGCAGGAAGUGGCUCUGGCCCUGGCUCCCAAGUUCUUUGCCUUUCUAUCCAUCUGUGGAAGCAGCUAUAUCAUUACAGACGUCAUCCAAACACGACAAGCCUUUCAUUCUACCCAUCAUCGAUUGCUCCUAGGCAUGAGUGCGUGCAAUCUUGUCGUCAGUUCACUGGCCUUCUUUAUGAGUACCUGGCCAAUACCAAAGGAGGAAGAUGUCUACCUGGCGUCUGGCAAUCGAGGGACCUGCGACGUCCAAGGCUUCUUCUCGCAAUUCAGCUUGUCAGUAGUCAUGUACAACGCCUCCUUGAGUGCCUACUACUGUGCCAAGAUCAGGUUCCAAUGCAAGACCAAGUACAUCCACAACGUCCUUGAACCGUUCUUCCAUGUCAUUCCGCUGACGACUGGAUUUGGCACUGCAAUAGCGGGCUUGCUGUUGAAGCUGUACAACAACAAUGGAUGGGAGUGUUGGAUUGCCGCCUGGCCGCAGGACUGCGAAGAGAGCUGGACCGCUGAUGAUGAUGACGAGUUUGCCUGCAUACGAGGUGAUAAUGCAUCCAUCUAUCGAUGGGUAUUCUACUAUGGCCCCCUAUGGCUGGCCAUCCUCUUUGUCUUGGUCAAUAUGUUUUGGGUAUACCGGACUGUCUAUGAACAAGAAGUGAAAAUGAACAAAUACAACUUUGAAUACCAGCAUGCCUUGGAAGAGAUCAAACGGCAAAAGCUGGAGAAAAUGUUGGAAAAGUUGGAACACGAGCUGGACGACGGGAACGAGGGCACCGCCCUCAAACGAGGAGGCAGGAUGGGUUCCAACAAUAGUCUUGGCGCUGGUAGCAGCGACGAGGACGAUGGCGAUGAUCGUGACGACGUUUCUGUCGCCAGUUCCGGUUCCAGAAUGUCCAAAGCAUCCUCCUUGGCAUCCUCCGGCAUGAGAGGAGCACUGAGAGGUAUGAAGACGAUUUCUCGCCAGAGCUUUCGAAUCGUCCAAGAGGUACCCAAGAAGCUCAUGCGCAAAAAGGAUGAGCUACAACGCAAAACGGAUGCUUUGAAAGCACACUUUGUUCAGUCACGGAGAGUGGCACGGCAGGGAUACUGGUUCUGCGGCGCGUUCCUCGCUACUUGGAUGUUCCCGACAAUUCAUUCCAUUGUGCAAUUGACGUUACAAAAGGACGUGUACGGGCUGCAACUGCUGACAGCCAUAUUUGUACCCAUCCAGGGCCUCCUGAAUUGCGUUGUAUACAUUCAGCAUCGCAUUCGCAAGGAACACAUUCAGCGUGCUUUGUGCUGCGAGCUUGUAAAGGCAGGGAAGAAGGGAAUCAAGUCGGCAUCGCAGUCUUUCUUCCAAGCCAAUUCUUCACAUAUGCCAUCUUCGUUUGAACUAGGGUCAUCGGGACGUGACUCAAGAGCUCCAGAUGACGACGAAUACAACGACGAACAGAGUGACGAGGAAGAAGAAGAGCUGUCGCAGGAUGGAAGCGAGACCCUCCGCGCGCCCUCAUUUCACACGACUAGUUUUGCUGGCCUUAGUUCUGUGAGCGAUGACUCCAGCAGUAGCAGUGGGAGCUUUGCAUCAGAAGAGCAUGAUGACGAAUUGCCACAACUGAGUAGAAAGAAAUCCUCCCUGAUCAUCGUGGAUAUGUCUAAUGAUGACGAGGAUGAGUCUGAAGAUUUGGAUGCAACCAAGAAACACUGCAACAAUGAGCUCUCCGAAACGAAUCUAUCCCAGCAGUUAUUUCAAUCCAGAAGAGUGAGAUCAUCAGUGCAACAAAUCAGGUCUUCUCUGCAGAUCAAAUCGCGUUUGCGACCGUCACUGCAAGUGAGGGAAUCGCUACAGUCACAGAAUCGCUCUUCGAGGACGGGCAUAGUAUCAGAAUUAUCGGAGAGCUCGAGCUCCAAUCGCCACGAACCGAAAGUGCACCCUCUGGAUGUGUCGGUCGGGGGGAAGUUGUCGCACAAUCAGUCAUGCCGAACGGGCAUGUCCAUGGUAUCUGAAAUGACUGAUUGCUCCUCCUCGCGGCUUCCUGACGACAAACGCAAAGAAGUCCAUCCGUUCGAGAUGUCCGUCGGGCUAAUUGAAGAUUCUUCAAAUGACGGUGCUGAUCGUCUAGACAUUUCGGCGCUAGAUGAUUCGACAAUGUCCGCCGACAUCGAGGGAUCCACGGAAACACAACAAUUUCACUCAUCUGACAGACUCAACAAGCGCCGCUUAUUGGAAUAUGAAGCGGCAGCAAACCCGUUGCUCCCGGAAUCAGGGGACAACGCCAGCAAUGUGGACAAUCUUGAACCAUUGGGUACUUCAGUCAAAAGACACGAACGUGCUACUGGAGUCGAGGAGCAUCCAGAAGGAAGCCAGCACCAAGAGAUUGGUUGAUACAUCGGCGACUUGGACUGUUUUGCGCCCGACAACAGGGCGUUCAUGCAAAUCUUGAUCACCGAUCUGUGUCCUCCCACGGCACUUCUUGUGACACAAAAGCUCUGCUGCGAUAGCAACUGUCGCGAAGCUGUGGACAGCACAAGCUGUCUACCUCUGUGUCCAUAGACGUACAAGCAUAUUGCAGGGCUUGGGCUGAGACGAAGUAGACGACAUUGUUCCGGUAGCUAUGGCCCUCUAUAGUGAAGGUUUUUCGCCAUAUGUCCUAGUAGGCUUACUGAAGAGGCUGCAACAGUCCAUUCAAGAAGGGGUUUGAAGCUUACGGCGCCCUUCAACUAGCUAGCAGCAUCUAGCCAGAGCUGUGUCGACUCAGAGUUUAGAUUAGGUCAAAACCGCGCUUCUAGCUCUUGCUGGGUUCUUCGAACUAGAGGGUCAGUCGGAGCUCACUGCAUUUAUUUGACAGGCCCGGCCACGGGCAAGAGAGUCGGGAGGUAGGAUGUGGCCGAAAAUGGCACCUGUGUAAUGGUGGCUUGGCUUCUUGAUCGAAUCAUUCCCAUUGCUAUUCGUCCACCAAUAAUGAUGGAUGCUCUGAGGCAAGGUAGAAACUGCGGACGAGGCUGAUUGCUCGCCACCGUACUCGCCUUGUAUGCCAGCAGCAUGGAUUUGUUUGUCCACUAUGAUUACAAGUGAUGACGGUUGGUCGCUUGCUUGCGUUUCAUCUUGGCCAUGUCUUGCAGGAACAGGACGGGCUAUGUCUCAUAAGAUGCUGUUGGGCAAAGUCCUCGGUGUAUAUUUUUUGGACCCAGUUGUGCAAUUUCUUUGUCUUCCUCGAGUUCGCCAUCGACAGUGAAAUGUGGAGCCUCAUCAUCGUUGGAGCUAGCUUCUUCUUCUUCCGCAACGGGUAGCUCAAGAAGUAUCUCAUCUCGCCCACCGCUCAGGUCCGAAAUAUCGUCCGUCCACGAAGGUGCUUGCAUGCCUCUCUUGGGCUCUUCCUGGAUGGGCUUUUUUGGUUGCUCAGCGUCCAACCGGCGAUUGGAGCUUUUCCCUGGCAAGUUGCUGCCAGAGAGAAUUUGUUUGUAGAUCCAAAAGAUUGACCUGUCUGGAUCAGUCUUCCUCCACUGUUUCAUUCGAGUGCGAGUGUAUAUGAAGCAGUUGAAGGCUCCCUACGAUACAAUGAAGGAGGAAAGGCCGUUUAUCGUGAGAUGACAGGGUGUACCAUUGGAGUCGAAUCGCAUAAAUCGUGGCCGAGCAAUGUCGGCUGAUGCAUACCUGCAUUGGGUACAACGACCAAUAAGUCAGCGGGAGCUGCGAUACCUCGGCAGAAAGAUAAAUUCAUAUGCCCUCUGGGUCGUCUCCGUUUCCAGUACUAGUUUAACUCGUUUACU